GCAUGCCUAGUUCCGCCCUCUGCCUCUGUGCACUUCCUUCCACCGCUCCGUCCCCCCCCCCCCCUUCUAUUCAGGUCUCGCGUGGGAGGCGAUUCCUGCGCCGCUGAAUGUCCGCGCUUUUCCCGGGCCAGUCCCUCCCAACGGGGAAGCGACAGCACAUCUUCAGAGUUGUCUGCAUUUAUCCAAGACAGCGGAAAAUGAACAAGUCCCAGAUUGAACAGGAAUUCCAGGGAUCAGUCUCGUUUAAGGAUGUGACUGUGGGCUUCACCCAGGAAGAGUGGCAGCACCUGGAUUCAGCUCAGAGGUCCCUGUAUAGAGAUGUAAUGCUGGAGAACUACAGUAACCUUGUCUCACUGGGGUAUUGUGUUACCAAACCAGAAGUGAUCUUCAGGCUAGAGCGAGGAGAGGAGCCAUGGAUACUGGAGGAAGAAUUCCCAAGCCAGAGCUUCCCUGAAAUCUGGAAAACUGAUCACAAGAAAGAAAGAAACCACAAAAACCAGCCUAAACAUGUGUGGGAAGUUGCAUUCAUCAAUAAUAAAACACUAACUAAAGAACAAGGUAAUGUAGUAGAAAAACCACUUAACUUGGACACAAAGUCUUUUCCUUCCAGAAGAACUCUCUGUCAGUGGGACUCACGUGGAGUGAAUUUCAGCUGUAUUUCAGAAUUGUUUAUCGAUAAGAAGAACUAUUUAAGAAAAAAGACUGAUGAAUUUAAUGCUUGUGGAAAAUUGCUACUCAGUAUUAAACAUGAGAAAACUCAUACUAGAGAGAAAAGUGAAUUUUUUAAAAAUGGGAAAAUGUUGAGUCAUGAUGAGGACCCUAUUCAUCCUGAGAAGAUUCAAAUGUUAGAGCAAAAUUUUGAUUAUAAUAUUUAUCAAGAAACCUUCCUUGAAAAGGCAAUAUUUAGUACGUACAAGAGAGAGAUUGCAGAAGGUAAUGAUUGUGAGUGUAAUGAAUAUGGGAGAAUCUUCUUUGAUAACUCCUUCUUAGUCCAUCGGAUAAAUCCCUCAGAGGAAAAUCACUGUGGAUUUAGUGGUUGUGGAAAAUCCUUAUGUGUAAAGUCUACCCUUUUGAAACAUCAUGGGGCACAUAUGAAACACUAUGAAUGUAAUCAAAGUGGGAAUAAUUUCAGGAGGAAUUUAUGCCUUUCACAACAUCAGAAACCUCAUAAAGGAGAAAAACACUUUGAAUGUAAUGAAUGUGGGAAAGCCUUUUGGGAGAAAUCCCACCUCACUCGACAUCAGAGAAUACACACGGGAGAGAAACGCUUUCAGUGUAAUGAAUGUGGAAAAACUUUUUGGGAGAAGUCAAACCUCACUAAACAUCAGAGGUCACACACAGGAGAGAAACCCUAUGUGUGCAGUGAAUGCGGGAAAGCCUUCAGCCACAAGUCAGCCCUCACGUUACACCAGAGAACACAUACAGGUGAGAAACCCUAUCAGUGUAAUGCAUGUGGGAAAACUUUUUAUCAGAAGUCAGACCUCACUAAACACCAGAGAACACACACAGGGCUGAAACCCUAUGAAUGCUAUGAAUGCGGGAAAUCCUUCUGUAUGAAUUCACACCUUACAGUGCAUCAGAGAACUCAUACAGGUGAAAAACCCUUUGAAUGUCCUGACUGUGGGAAAUCUUUCUGCCAGAAGUCACAUCUUACACAACAUCAGAGAACUCACAUAGGGGAUAAACCCUACGAAUGUAAUGCAUGUGGGAAAACAUUCUACCACAAGUCAGUUCUCACCCGGCAUCAGAUAAUUCAUACAGGGUUGAAACCUUAUGAAUGUUUUGAAUGUGGGAAAACCUUCUGCUUGAAGUCUGAUCUCACAGUACAUGAGAGAACUCACACAGGGGAGAAGCCUUUUGCAUGUCCUGAAUGUGGGAAAUUCUUCAGCCAUAAGUCUACUCUCUCUCAACAUUAUAGGACACAUACAGGGGAGAAACCCUUUGAAUGUCACGAGUGUGGGAAAAUCUUCUAUAAUAAAUCAUACCUAACUAAACAUAAUAGAACACACACAGGGGAGAAACCCUAUGAAUGUAAUGAAUGUGGGAAAACCUUCUGUCAGAAGUCUCAGCUCACACAGCACCAGAGAAUUCACAUAGGUGAGAAACCUUACGAGUGUAAUGAAUGUGGAAAGGCUUUCUGUCAUAAGUCCGCCUUAAUUGUCCACCAGAGAACUCAUACAGAAGAAAAGCCCUAUAAAUGUAAUGAAUGUGGGAAAUCUUUCUGUGUGAAGUCAGGACUUAUUUUACAUCACAGAAAACACACAGGGGAGAAACCCUAUGAAUGUAACGAAUGUGGGAAAUCCUUCAGUCACAAAUCAUCCCUCACAGUACAUCACAGGGCUCACACAGGAGAGAAAUCUUGUCAGUGUAAUGAAUGUGGGAAAAUUUUUUACCGCAAGUCAGACCUUGCUAAACAUCAGAGAUCACACACAGGGGAGAAGCCCUAUGAAUGUAACACAUGUGGAAAAACCUUUUCUCAGAAGUCAAACCUCAUUGUACAUCAGAGAACACACACAGGAGAAAAAUUAACAAUUGAAGUGGAUGUUAGGAGUGUCAAGCUGCACUUCAGCAGCCAUUAUACAAGAAUUCACAUUGGCAGAAGCUCUGUUGACAUCCUGAAUGUUCGGGAACCUUCUUCCACACAAACUGGCCUUAUUUUACUCCAAAGUAGAAUGCAACAAAUGCAGGACAGUCUUUUUAAGAUCAAGCAGUUCUACCGAACAUCCCCCAAGUCUGAAGGUCGUAUUCCAGCGAGGUGGCACAAGUAUUUGGGAAACUUUGCAGGGGCCCUGUGGCUGGACGCGGGAGUCGCUCCUGGCCUUCUGCGCAUGUGCGCUGCGCCCCUCCCGUCUAGUUCGCGUAGGCGGCCUCGGCCUCGCGAGAAGACCGUCCCUGAUGCUUCCGCGGUGAGAUCGCGGCCUCAGGUGGCGAGUGCGCAGCCAGUGAGCCCCGGGGGCUUGGGCGUAGGUGACCCUUUAAACGGGAGGUUCCCCGCGGAGGGGCGAUUGACGGAGGAAGAGGCUUUGGUACCUGAGCUCGGGGUGAGUCCUGCUCCGUCUUCAUGCAUCGAAUGCGAACCAGCACGUCCCAGCGCUUGUUACCGAGCGAAGCUUGGUGUUUUCAUCUCCGAAGUGAGGGCUCGGCAGAGGCCUCGCUGUACCCUCACGGUUAUCCACACCCUUCAGGGCCAGCAGAAGAUGAUCACAUCCCAGGGAUCAUUGUCAUUCAGGGAUGUGACCGUGGGCUUCACUCAGGAGGAGUGGCAGCACCUGGACCCUACUCAGAGGACCCUGUACAGGGAAGUGAUGCUGGAGAACUAUAGCCACCUUGUCUCAGUGGGGUAUUCCAUCCCUAAACCAGAAGUGAUCCUCAAGUUGGAGCAAGGAGAGGAGCCGUGGAUAUUAGAGGAAGAGUUCCUGAGCCAGAACGACCCAGAAUUAAUUAAUAACAGUAGAAACUAUUCAAGAAAGAAGUUCAGUGGGUUUGACAAAGGUAGAAAUUGGCUCCAUAUUGAUAACUAUGAAAGAAUUCAUUCUGAAGAGAUACCUUAUGAAUAUAAUAAAAAUGGGAAUGGCCUCCACCUUAAUGAAGACUUUGUUCACCAUCAGAAAAUUCAAAUUUUGGAACAGCCUUUUGAAUAUAGUGAAUGUAGGAAAGCUUUCCAUGAGAAUGCACUCUUUGUUGUACAUAAGAAAGCUUACACAGGAAAGAAUACCUGUGAGUACACUGGAUAUGGGAAGAUCUUCAGUGAUAUGUCAUCUCUCAUUGCUUGUCAGAGAACACAUCCAAGAGAGAAUCACUAUGAAUUCAAUGAAUGUGGAGAAAAUUUCUUUGAGGAAUCCAUUCUCUAUAACCAUCAGAGUGUUCAGCCUUUCAGCCAGAAGUCAAACCUCAUUCCAAUUCAGAGAACCCACUCCAUUGACAAUUUACUUGAAUAUAAUGAGUGUGGAACGUUUUUCAGUGAAAAGUUAGUCUUUGGUGUACAGCAGAGAACACACACAGGAGAAAAAACUUAUGAAUGUCAUGAAUGUGGAAAAACCUUCAACCAGAAGUUAGCCCACACAAGACAUCAGAGAACGCACACAGGGGAAAAAUCUUGUGAAUGUCCUGAAUGUGGGAAAACUUUCUACAAGAAUUCAGACCUCAUUAAACACCAGAGAAUUCACACAGGGGAGAAACCUUUUGAAUGUCAGGAAUGUGGGAAAUCCUUCAGUGAAAAGUCUACUCUUACUCAACAUCGGAGAACACACACAGGGGAGAAACCAUAUGAAUGUCAUGAAUGUGGGAAAGCCUUCUCAUUUAAGUCUGUCCUUACUGUACAUCAAAAAACACACACGGGGGAGAAGCCCUAUGAGUGUUAUGAAUGUAGGAAGGCCUUUCUCAGAAAAUCAGACCUCAUUAAACAUCAAAGAACUCACACAGGGGAAAAACCUUACGAAUGUAAUAAAUGUGGAAAAUCCUUCUCUGAGAAGUCAACUCUCACCAAGCAUCUAAGAACUCACACAGGUGAGAAACCCUAUGAAUGUAUUGAAUGUGGAAAAUUUUUUUGCUACUACUCGGGUUUCACAGAACAUCAGAGAAGACACACAGGGGAGAAACCUUUUGGGUGUACUGAAUGUGGGAAAAAUUUCCGUCAGAAGUCAGCCCUAAUUGUCCACCAGAGGACUCACAUAAGACAGAAACCUUAUGAAUGUAAUGAAUGUGGAAAAUCAUUCUGUGUAAAGUCAAAACUCAUUGCACAUCAUAGAACACAUACGGGGGAAAAACCCUAUCAAUGCAAUGUUUGUAGAAAAUCAUUCUACGUGAAGUCUAAACUUACUGUACAUCAACGAACACAUUUGGGGAGAAACCCUAUAAAUGUAAUAAAUGAGGGAAGUCACUCUGGGUGAAGAGUUUAUAGAAAAAACACAAAAGGGGAGAAAAAUCCAUUGAUAUAAUCAUUUUUGAGAACAUCUUUGGUCUAAAGUCAGUUCUAACAAUAUAGCAGAGAACUUACAGAGGGGAGAGAAUGAAUGAUAUGAAGCUAUAGAAUAUAGAAAACUUUUGUGUUGGAAUUUGAACCGUAGAGUAUAUCAGAAAACUCAGUGGAGAAGACCUAUUGGUGAAUGAAUAUAGGGAACCUUUUGCCCAAAGCCACACCUCACUAAACAUCAAAGAAAACAUCUAAGUUAGAAACCUCUAUCAGCAUUCAUAAGGUAGAGAAGAUUUUACUUCACAGGCUUUAGAAAAUGCAUAAAUUGUAGGACAA